AUGAAACGCCCAUUCGAAAGCACUCAAACUAAUUAUGUGGCAUUUACUGGAGCGAGCGAGACGACCCCGUGGCUCCGGCACACCGGCUGGGUCGAGUUGUUCCGUGAUAGAUCCCUCGCAAUUAUCGCCGCUACGGCGAAGCAACCAGCCCCGCAAUGGAGUAGAAAUUAUCUGCUUGGUCAAUGGCAAGGAAUCCCUAUAUGGAGCUCUGCCGAAACUGAGGCCCAGCUACAGAUCAUCCUCCAUGGCCUAGACUUGAUGUUCGACAGGGCAAGAGCCACACUUGACCGUACGCCGUACAUCUCUCGCUGUUGGCUAAAUACAUUCGCGAAGGACGCUUUUUGGCCACACGGAUUUCGUGUCAUUCCAAGCUUCAAAAGAUAUCUGGCAAUAUGGAAAAGAUUUAUCUGCUUCGUAUUUCGCGUUCUGCAAUACCCACCACGGCAGCGUGUGGAGGUGUAUAACGUACGCUUAGGAUCCAAUGAGGUCAAGAUGAUGCAGCAUGUGUUAUACUUGGUUGGUCAACUACAACUGGGAGAGGAUGGCCAUGUCAGCGACAGUUCAGAUAGCGAAGAUAGUGAACCUUGCGGCCAAGACUGGUAUCACAACGGCGAAACUCCUUCCGAUCCUGAAAUCUCAGAUAUCGACCAAGACGAUUCUGACACAGGUACAGACGAAGAUGCCGGUUUUGGGGGGGAUGAAGAAGUUCAUGAAGACCGAACAUCAGGCUACGAAGGAUCCGACUUCUCUCUCCCAAACGGCUACUGGCUGCGACUGUCUGAGGCCUUGUUCCAACUAUCAAUGAUGUUCUGGACGCACCAGGAUCCCUCUGGAAACAUGUCAUCGUCAGCCAUCAUUUACUACACUGCUGUCAUGGGCAUACAACAACAAUCCCUUACUUUCAAUUCGGCACAUAACUCUACACCAGAGUUAGCAGGAUUGAUUUGGAUUGGUCGGCUCUUAUUCCUCGAAUAUGCCCUGCCGGUCUACAGUUAUAGUACUCUGGUCUACGAAUGGCCUUGCCGGGAUCAUUAUCCUUCACAACCUGAUCGCUUGGAUGCAAUUCGCAAGAAGUACCUGAUCCGAGGCUGUUAUACACCUUUUGGGGAAAUCAUCGAGCUUAAAGCUUUUGCCAAAUCGAUUGUCAAGAGAGAAGGUAUCCCUGGAAAUCUCUCCUGGGAUCCAGAUGGGCAGUCAUUUACUAUCGGACAUGACAAAAAGUUCAAAAUUUCUGAGUUCUGCGCGACGCAUUGCAAAACCAUCAAGCUUGUGCAAGAGCGGGUAGACGAGAUGAUGUUAGGACUUGAACCUGAUGUCGAUACUGAUGACAUCCAAGAUGAUCUUACUUGCCGGAAAGCCGGAUGGUCGUUUAUACAAGCCACCGAGAACAAGCUAGCAGAUAUAUGGGAACAAUUAGCAGACACACUGAGAUCAUCCAGCUUUCGCGGCAAACCCUUCGUCAAAGGUACAGAGUGGCAGGUCGACACCUGUAUAGCAUAUCUUGAUGCAGGUUUAGAACUCAAUAAGCUGACGUUCGCUGCAUCGCAUUUUUCGGGAGGGUUACCCGGCAGGGGUACCGAGGUAGCCACCAUUCGAUACAUCAAUACGACACUAGCUAUUCGGAACGUCUUUUUUCGUGGAGGUCAGAUGAUCAUUAUCAUCAGCUACAACAAAGCGAGAGCAUCAAAUAACUACGCCUUCUACAUCGUCCGAUAUCUUCCCAAGGAACUAAGCCAGAGUCUCUUGAAAUACCUUGCCAUUAUUCGCCCCGUGUUAGGCUUCAUUGCAAAACGGUUGAAGAUACCCCACUGGUCCGAGAGCGAGUUCUUCUUCCCUGAUCCAAGCGGAAGAAACAGACAUCUUACCUCCACACAAGCUUCCGGGAUCCUUAGAUCUUUGACCCAAGAUCUCGCUACACCAUGGACUCUUUCAUCAUACAGGCAGGCUGCACUUGCCAUCGCCAAGCGAUACAUCAGCACGCUUGUUGAGAAGUAUAAUUUUUAUCACCCCACAGAAGCGACCAACCCGCUACGAAUGUUUGCGGCUGGGGCCGUCCAUCACCCGCGAAUGUUACUCACGUCAUAUGCAAUCGAUAAAGCGCUUCCAUCUAGGCUACAACCAGAGCUCUUGGAGAUGUAUUAUCGACUAUCUAAGAUAUGGCAUGACUGGAAUCAGCAAUUUGACCAAAAACGCGUCCAGAGUAUGGAUCCAGCAACUUGCUGCCAAAACCAGGAAAUGGUACUUACAAACCCAGUCAUCUUGGAACGGCAGCCAAAGAGGAGCAAAAAAAGCAGUUCUACUAUGAAUGAGGAUACAGAUAAACUAGGGGAUGGCUUCAUUUACAACGCCCAGCAUCGGAUUUUGAUAUGUGUUUCUUGUGGGUCAAUGAUUCAACCAGGAGUAAAGUCUUUCUACAGCCACCUCAAUUCCGUGCAUCGCAUCACUGGGUCGACCUGCAAAGCUUUAAUGGAAAGAUUCCAGACACACGAUUUAUACCCGUUCGAUAAGCUCCAUAUUCCAACGGAGAGAAUUCCUCAAAUACAAGGUCUUGCUGUUUUCAAGGGUUUUCGGUGCAAUAUCUGCCUCGAAACUUCUAAGUCACGCUAUUUCACAAUUUCCGGUAAUAAGAUUAGGGAUCACUUGAUUAUUCAUAAUCUGGAUAUAGCGCCUAUCUUGGCAGAACAACAGAAAAAGUUUCAGUCUUGUUAUCUCCAGACGUUUUCGUCGGCGAAGGGCAAGAUUAAGUAUUUCGAAAUUGAGCCGAGUUAG